AUGUUGCCCCUCACACCCAAACAUAUACCCAACCGUCCCUCAUCCCACGGGAUCCCAUUGGGCGCAGGCAUCAGCGCCUUACGCUUGGGCAAGGGCGUCCGAGUGCUGCGCGUCUUCCGGCUGAUCCGCGUUCUCAAGGGCGGCGGCAUCCUACAGGAGCUGUUGGAUACGAUCCAUUCGGAGCACUGCAUCAUCAUCGUGGCCUGGCACACAGCAAACCUCUUUUCGGGACGGUUGUCCUCCACGCCAGACGCGAAGGUGCUGGCCCUGCAGCCCAGUGGCUUGGGACUUCCCCCACGAACUGAGGUGAACCACAUCAUCGCCUGCCUUUGGUUCUGGGUGGGAAGCUCCGAACACGCGGUGAACUGGAUCUCCGAAGCGGAGGAGGAACGUACCUUCACGGUGUGUGUCAUCGUCUCGGCCAUGGUGAUUUUCUCCUCGUUCAUCUCGGCGAUCACCAACGCCAUGACGCAGCUGCGGAACUUGAACAAAGAAAAGAUCGAGCAGUUCUCCCUGUUGCGGAAGUAUCUCACGCAGUGUAAUGUCUCUGGAGGCCUUCUCGCACGCGUGUUGCAAUCCAUGAGCUCCGCGAUGAACAAGAACAAGCGACGGGUCCAUGAAGAAGACAUCAAGGUCCUCCACUUGUUGCCCUUGAGCUUGCGACAGGACAUGAACCAAGAGGUCUACAGCCCUCAUUUCGUGGUCCAUCCCUUCUUUUCGGUCUGUGCCUCCUGUUUCGACACCUAUGUGCGGAAGCUCUACUCCGCGGGUUUGAGGACGAAGUUCGUCCCCUCGAACCAGGCCUUCGUCGCGCGCACCGCCGCGUGGGUCGCGAGGGAGUGUCUGGUGGCCGAUCGCCCCGAAGCUCCGAAGCUCGCUCGGCAGGAGAUUAUCACCUCUGGGGAGCAGGUGGCAGCAGAUGGCACGACAGAGGUGAUUUGCCAGAGUGACCCAGUCGACUCUCCUGUGGGACGGAAAGUUUUGUACUGGAAGACGGAGCGGCCAGAAAAGACACAUAUCUACUCAUAUGUGGCAUCAGAUACCAAGGGAAGCAAUCAUAUAGCCCUUGGAGACCACAGCAAACUCAUUCAGAUGAACUACAAGGAGUGUGACGUGUUGGUCCUGGAUGCCGCCAAAUUUCAGGAGAUCUUCAAGGACGACGUCAUGGUGAAGCACUACGCCGUCGCUUUCUGGGAGCAUUUCAUGUCGAAUCCCGCGGAUCUCACCGAUGCCUGGGCCGACGAGGAUUUGCUCUUCCAAUGGUCCACCGAAGCCCUACAGACGGCGGAGCAGUGUAUGGGUAGCGUGAUCGAGCCGGACCACCGGAACACCGCCUUUUCGCGGCACGUGACCCAGAAGCGCCGCUCCAGCAGCGCCAUGCUGGAUGAGACCAUCCUCAAGGAACGGCGAGUGCCGGUUGCGCCGGUUGCGGAGCACCACUCCGGUGCACGGAGGCUCGAACCAAGCAGUAGGGAGCCUCUUCCAGACAUGGCAUGGUUCCUCAUCCUCCAAAGGUGUCAUAAAUAG